GAGUACAAUUUAUAAAAGUAAGCAACAAAAAUAAAAAAGGGUUAUGUGGUUGACAAACCUGAACAACCUGCCUUGGCCAAAAACAAAGUAACACAAGUAUCCGGUCAGCAGGUAAUGGUCAGACAGCAUGGCUGAGCAAAGGCAACGAGCCCUGUCAACUUCAGGAGAAGCAUUGUACCAAAUUCUCGACCUGCAAAAAGGUUCUUCUCAUGAAGAGAUAAAGAAGUCCUAUAGAAAACUAGCUCUGAAAUAUCAUCCGGACAAGAAUCCAGACAACCCCGACGCCACAGACAAGUUCAAGGAGAUCAACAAUGCGAACGCCAUCUUGACGGAUGUGACGAAGAGGAACAUUUAUGACAAGUAUGGCUCCCUUGGCCUCUAUGUGGCAGAGCAGUUUGGUGAAGAGAAUGUGAACACGUACUUCAUGCUCUCCACCUGGUGGGCGAAGGGUCUCUUUGCAAUCUGCGGGCUGCUAACAGGCUGCUAUUUCUGCUGCUGCCUGUGCUGCUGCUGUAACUGCUGCUGUGGCAAGUGCAAACCCAGACCUCCCGGAGGGGAGGAGAAUGAGUGUCACGUCUCACCAGAAGACCUGGAGGAACAAAUUCGAACAGACAUGGAAAGAGAUGGUGACACUCCAAUUGUGCUUCAGCCAACAAACGCUAGUGAGAAGACGCAGCUUAUUGGAGAUGGCCGCCGCAACUAUAAUACAGACUCCUACAACUGACUGUGGAGACUGGAGCACAGUAUAUUCAAGCAAUAACCCAGAACACAAUCAGUUUACUUGUAUGUUUAUCACUGGGAUUAUUCAGAUUCAUUCAAAUGACCAAGAUGUUUAAUAACUGUUUUUAACUCUAGAUACUAGUAUCUGUAAAACAAAAAAACUAAGUGUGUUUGGUAGUGCAACAGCGUUUUGAAUUGGAACUACCUUUUUAAGUUACUUUGGAAGGCUCUCAGUUUACACAAUAUCAGUCGUUCCCCUCAUUUGACAAAUAAAUUCUUAUAAGAGUGUGUGACUUGACUUUAAAAGAUCAAAUUCUAAUAUUGUUGUAAACAUUGGAAAAACCACAGCCAGGUGCCUUAUUUUAGAGCUUACAGAGAUUACCUUGAACAGAGAAACAACCAUUAAAGAAGGUUUCUUCAAUGAACGUAUGGCAUACUUUCUUGGUCCUAGUUUAACAUCAGUUCUUUACAUAAAAAUACCUUGUUGCAGCCAUAGGCAGGAUUUUAGUCCAUAAUGUGGGGGGG